GUUCCCAGGCAAUAGGCUUCGAAGUUCGGAGACUGAACCAAAACCCUUGCAAUGGCUUCUCUGGGGAAGAAACGAGCCGGUAGCAGCGGCGAUGAAGGGAUUGUUGCGAGAGUGACGCGCACCGUAUCGGAUUCAGCGAUCAUGAACACUGCGAAAAAUGCGGCCAACGAUGCAGCCUACGUGGCGAAGAGGCUGGCUAAGAGCACAGGAAAAGCGGCGUGGAUCGCUGGGACUACUUUCCUCAUCCUGGUGGUGCCACUCAUCAUCGAGAUGGACCGCGAGCAGCAAUUCAAUGAGCUGGAGUUGCAACAACAAAGCCUCCUCGGCGCCCCUCCUGCUCCAAUCAACAAGUGAGACACCCACCCCCCUUCUCCCCCCAAUUGGGUCUGUUCAGGCCAGAAUCAUUAGUGAUAGUGAAUUUUUUAAUUACUGGGAUGAUGAAUACGGAAUUUUUCAAGUGAAACUUGAGGAUUAAUUUAGAUUUUAGUA